AUGGAGGCCUCUCUUCCUGUCGAUGUUCAGACCAAAGUUGCUUCCAAUGUCUCCGAAGCCUUCGUCGACGCCUACUACACAGCGCUGCAAGCCGCGCGCCACACCCUUUCCACCUUCUACACGGCGGCCGAGACGUUCCCCGACGGCAAGACGGUCCCCGUCAUCGCAUGGAACGGCAACGUCUACAACUCGGGCCCCGCCUUUCAGGAUGCCUACGCCGACACCAUGCCCGCGUACACGUAUUUUGAGGUCCAGAGCCUGGACGCCCAGGUGCUGAAUCCGCACCCGCCGCCUGCACCUCCGUCAAAGGAUUUGGGGGGAGAUGCUAUGGUCGACGGUGACGCUGCGCUGGCUGGAGGGAAGAAGGGCGGGGCUGGAAAGAGGGGUGGGCAGCAGAAGGAGCAGCAGGAGGAGCUCGUAGGGAGUUUGCUAGUGGCUGUAAACGGCUUCGUGCGGCUAGAGGAGAAGAAAGAGGGUCCUCAGAAAGGCUUCAGCGAGACGUUGGUGCUCGUGCCGAACCGGGACCACAGCAAGAAAGACGGGAGCAAGAGAUGGGUCAUCCAGAAUCAAAAUUUCCGAUAUGUGGUGUGA